AUGUCUCUUAUCAAGUGUGGUAAAAGCGUUGAUAUUGUUGAUGAGGGUUCAAGUAAUGUUGAAAUCAAUUCUGUAAAAUCAUCUCAAAAUCAACAUAUGGAGUUGGAUGAAAAUGAAGAAAUGGAGCAUCGAAAUAAGAAAUCCUAUAGCAUAAUUAAUGUACCACAAAAGUGUGUAAAUGAAUCCAUCUCUGAGUAUUAUUCCUUCUAUAAAACUAGAGCAGUCGUACAAUAA